CUAUAAUCCCAGCACUCUGGGAGGCGGAGGUGGGUGGAUCACCUGAGGUCAGAAGUUCAAGACCAACCUGGCCAAUGUGAUGAAACCCUGUCUCUACUAAAAAUACAAAAACUAGCCCUCCCCUCCCCCUCCCCAACUCAGAUCCGGCCCCGGUCCCCGUCCCCUUCCCUCCCCCCUGCCCUAAGCCACCUCCACCUCUGUCCUGGCCGCCUCAGGGCGCCCUGAAAGGACCAGGACAUGCGGGUGCGGUGGCUGCUCUUUUGGCUCCUCUUUUGGCUCCUGCUGGGAUUUAUCAGCCAUCAGUCCAUCUGUGUUAUCAAUAUUCUGGCUGACCAUCAUCAUCGUGGGACUGACUUUGGUGGAAGUCCUUGGUUACGUAUCAUUAUUGUGUUUCUGAGAAGUUAUAAAGUUGUCAUUUCCCUCUGGACAAGUUACCUUUGGGUGUCUUUCCUGAAGACUAUCUUCCAGUCUGAAAAUGGACAUGAUGGAUCCACAGAUGUACAGCAGAGAGCCUGGAGGUCCAACCGCCGUAGACAGGAAGGAAAUAAAAUUGGCCUGAAAGAUGUCUUUACUCUAUGGAGACAUGUGGAAACAAAAGUUAGAGCUAAAAUCCGUAAGAUGAAGGUGACAACAAAAAUCAACCAUCAUGACAAAAUCAAUGGAAAGAGGAAGACCGCCAAAAAACAGAAAAUGUUUCAACGUGCGCAAGAGUUGUGGCGGUGGGCAGAGGACUACCACAAAUGCAAACUUUUUCAGAUCCCCGCUUCUGCAAGAAAGCCUCUUUGCAGCUGGGUCAGAAUGGCGGCAGUGGAGCAUCGUCAUUCUUCAGGAUUGCCAUACUGGCCCUACCUCACAGCUGAAACUUUAAAAAACAGGAUGGGCCACCAGCCACCUCCUCCAACUCAACAACAUUCUAUAACUGAUAACUCCCUGAGCCUCAAGACACCUGCCGAGUGUCUGCUGGUUCCCCUUCCACCCUCAGCGGAUGAUAAUCUCAAGACACCUCCCGAGUGUCUUCUCAUUCUCCUUCCACCCUCAGCGGAUGAUAAUCUCAAGACACCUCCCGAGUGUCUUCUCAUUCCCCUUCCACCCUCAGCGGAUGAUAAUCUCAAGACACCUCCCGAGUGUCUUCUCAUUCCCCUUCCACCCUCAGUGGAUGAUAAUCUCAAGACACCUCCCUUAGCUACUCAGGAGGCUGAGGCAGAAAAAUCACCCAAACCCAAGAGGCGGAGGGCGGCUGAGGUGGAACCAUCACCCGAACCCAAGAGGCGGAGGGCGGCUGAAGUGGAACCAUCACCCAAACCCAAGAGGCGGAGGGCGGCUGAGGUGGAACCAUCACCCGAACCCAAGAGGCGGAGGUUGAGUAAGCUGAGAACAGGCCACUGCACUCAAGCCUGGGCAAUAAGAAUAAAACUAGUAGAACAAAACAAAAAAAUCAAAAAACAAAACAAAACCCACACUCCAAAAACAAACUAACAAAGAAUAAAUAAAUAAUAUAAAAAUAAAAAAAUAAAAAAAUAAAAAAUAAAAAUACAAAAACUAGCCUGGCAUGGUGGCAUGCACCUGUAGU